AUGCCAACGGAAGAUCUCAAUCACCAAAUUUCGCAAGUGAUAGAAGAAUAUAAAGAUCUUUACGCCGAGCAUUACGUGUCUGUUGCAGCAUCUGUCAUCCUCAUCCUCGACCAUUUCCUCACAUUCGGCCGAGAGGUCAAUCUCUUCUGGAACCGGCGCGUGUCCGGCCCGACAGUACUCUUCAUCUUGAAUCGCUACCUUGCCCUUAUUUUCCGAAUUGGGUCGCUCCUUGUAUUUCACCCAUUUACCGACCAGUUCGUGCACAACAGUUGCACCACACUGAACAACACCACAACGGUUUUGCACUACAUACAACCACUUCCUCCUGCAGUAUUCUCCGCAAUGCGCGCAUUAGCGCUGAGUCGAAGUCGCCCACUUGCAAUGCUGGUGCUGGUAUUUUCCCUCGUGAAUGUGGGCUUCAACUUUGCCAAUCCUGUAUCUGUUUUUCUCGUCUUCAACACUCUCCGCAUGGUGACCAGUUUCAAAGGGGUGGGCAAUAUCAUCAUAUCCCCCGAUCAAACCUCCUUGAUUAGCCAAUUCAGCGAUCCUCUUACUACAAUCCUCGUCUCGCGAUUUCUGCUUGACCUGCAGGAGGCUCAUCAGCGGACAGUCAAGCUCGCCUCAGAAGACCCACUCCACUCGUCUGCCUCUGACUUCCAGGUCGGAAUCGGAUCUCUGCGACUCGCGGCGGACGCUAUGGGAUCCAUCGGAGCUGAUCUCCGGAUUUUGAACGAAUCCCAUGGCUCAGAGGGAGAAGACGACGCCGAACCUAAGAGAGUACUACCGGAGGGCCUUUCACGGGCGACAGAGGACGCAGACAGCGCAGAGUAG